GUAAUAUAUGUAAAUAUUACAUUCUCUACUAAAGAACCUCCCCGUAAGGGGCCGGCAGGAAGAUCGGGGGUGUGAAAGUAGAGAGGGAGUGAGAGGGUGCAGAACCCCACCCCCGGGGGGGGUUUCCGUUGUCCAUGCUCAUCGAUUCAUUCAUUACUUUUAAAAAAUUAUUUGUUCUUCGUUAGUUGUCAAUUUUUUUUUUUUUUUUCACUCUGUCAGCCAUUAAUUAAAGUAUGAUGGAUGGCCAUGGGCGUUACUCUCAAUCACCUAGCUGUUGCUGUCACAGCUUGCGAGCUCGCUGGCUUACUUGAUGCCUUCUGGAUGAACCGGAAAGCCUUCUUCGAAUUUCCAUUUCCAUAUUUUGCAUCCCGCCCAAACAAUAAUCCUCUCCUCGUUUGCUCCUCUCUGUCUGCAACCCUAAUUAAAUCCUAAUAGUCAGCUUCUUUGAAUUGCGAGAUGCGAGGAAAUUUUAAAAUCCUCCCCCCACUACCAGCUAUAUAAAUAAAUUCUUCAAAUAAUUAUAUAUAUAUUUACUCGUUUUCUUAGUGUCAUUUUUUUCUCUGCAAUCUUUCUUUCUUUAGUCAACACCUAUAGUUCUCUGGUUUCCUCAGAUACGUGUUGUUUGCUGUGCUGUGCUGUGCCCCUCAUCCUUCCCAUCACUUUUUUGUUUGUUUAAUUAUUUUCUAAAUAUAUAACGCUAAAUCUCUCUUAUUUUGGUUUAAUAUCAUAUGUGAAUAUGAUGAGGGUUGACUUCAUGAAUUCUCACGGAAGAGGUGGUGGCGCAUAUCAUAUAAAGGGCGGGGGUUACUGUUCUCUUUUCCAGCAUAGCUUCAAUCGAUCUCUCUCCCUCUCUACCGCAUUGGCUUUGGGGUUUUAAACCUCAGCUUUGCUCUCCAGAUCAUACCUGCUAUUCAAUUAAUUUCGCCACUCUUUGUUUGCUCCUCAGUCCGAUUUGCGCUGCAGGUCAUUGUAUUCACUCACAAACUUCACAAUCUCAGCAGGAUGGCAUCUUCUUUGGUAAACUGGGAAAAGAAAAUGAAGAGGACAGAAUCAAAAAAAUCACAUUCAUGGUGGUGGGAUAGUCAUAUCAGUCCAAAGAACUCAAAGUGGCUUGCAGAGAAUCUUGAGGAGAUGGACCUGAGAGUGAAACGGAUGUUGAAGCUGAUCGAAGAGGAUGGAGAUUCACUUGCUAAAAAAGCUGAUAUGUAUUAUCAGAAGAGGCCGGAAUUGAUCUCUCAUGUUGAGGAGUUCUACCGCAUGUACAGGUCGCUGGCUGAGCGUUAUGAUAAUGUCACAGGAGAGCUGCGAAAAAAUAUCCCAUCAGAUCUACAAUCCCAGGGUUCCGGUGUCUCUGACAUUAGCUCUGAACCUGUUUCUACGUGCCCUUCUCCUGAGCGAAAACAAGGUCAUCGAAAAUCUAGUCACCGAGCUGCUGGUUUUGAUGUCUUUCUUGGCUCUGGUGGAAGCAGCUCUGAUGUGUACACUAAAGAAGAAGAUGAAUCAUCAUCAUUGUUGGAUUCUGAGUCAGAAUCUGAUGAAUCUUCUGUUAACAAUUACCCAGGCCAACUGGGAAACAACGGUGACCAAGAACAGCGCAUGAAAAUAAUUGAACUUGAGGCUGAGCUUCGUGACAUGAGGGAGAAGCUCCAAUUGCUACAGGCAGAGAACGCAGAUGGGUCAUUGGCAGGUGCCAAAAAUGAGAAUAGUUCUGAAAAUCUGCUUGUUAGAAUAGCAAAUUAUGAUGAAGAGCUAAAGGUUGCGAAAGAGAAGAUUCGGGUUUCAGAAGAAGAGGUUUCUAGGUUGAAGAUUGAGCUUCAGAAAUAUGGGUCCUCAGAAUUCAGUGAUAAACUGCUGGCAGGAGAAACAUUGCAGAAAGAUGAGGCCAAGCAAGAAUUGGAGGAAGAACAGGUAUUGGGAUUUCAAGAAAGAAGUGAUCCAGAUGUGACCGAUCACAAGAUUCAGAUGCUAAUGGAAGAGCUUAGAGUCACCAAAGAAAGGCUUCAAGAUUCAGAGAAAGACAUUGCUAAGCUGCAAGGUCUGGUUGAUUUGGCUGAAAAAGGUAUAGCAACGUGGAGACACAAACUUGAUGCAGAGAAAAGAGAGGUUUCAAAGCUGCAGGAAAGAGUUGCGAGGUACAAGACCAGUUUAUUGGACAGGAAUAAUGAGAUCAGGGAAUUGAAAGAAGCCCUUUCUGAUGCCGACCAAGGCUUUUCUGUUGAGAAAAUACAGCUCCAUGCCAAAAUCUCGACACUGUCGGAGGAGCGUAAUCGCCUUGAAGAGAGGCUCAAAGAGUGGGAACUACGCUGCCGUUAUUUAGAGGAGGAGGUCAGGCGUGCAGAGACUGGAAAAUCACAAAUUGAAAACAUGCAUGGAGCCACGGAGAGAAGGCUAAGCGCUGAAAUUGAAUGCUUGAAGGCAGACAUUGUUGAGAGAAAUGGUCAGGUGGAAGAUUUGCACAAGAGCCUGGAUGCUUUGAAGCUGAAAUAUGACACGCUUGUAUCAGAGAGAAACGACCUUAAUGCAAAAGUACUUUGUCGAAAUGAUCGGAUUUAUCAAAUGGAGAAGCAUUUGAACAUACUACAAUCAGAGCGAGACGAGCUGUGCUUGAGAGUUGGGAAACUGGAAGAGGUGAUUGAGAAGCAGAGAGUUGCAAUCUUGGAGCGAGCAGAGGAGAAAAGGGAAGCAAUUCGGCAGCUUUGCUUCUCCCUCGAGCAUUAUAGGAACAGGUAUCAUCGGCUUCGAAAAGCUUUUAUGGGGCACAAGCGGCUUCCAAUUACAGCAUCCUAAUUUCAGCAUGUAUUCGUUUUCUUCAGCUAAUUUUCUUUUCUUUUAGAUAAAGAAAUUAGCGUGUAAAACUGUGAUGUUGGACGCUCCCUCUCCCUCCCAAAUGAUAAGCGUUCAUUUCUAUCAUCUGCUGUUGUACUUUAUCUAGAAAUUACCAGCUGAAUUUUCUUACUGGUGUUGCAAUUGUGGGUUGUUUGUGCCAAAAAAUUAUUAUUAUUAUUAUUAUUAUUUGCUGGGUAUGAUUUAUUUU